AUGAAGGUAUCGGUUGCAUUACACAUAUUCGGUCUCUUGGGGCUGUGCAGUUGCGCCAAUGUCCCGGAACAUUCGUUCAAGGGAAGUGAUUAUGACAACGUCACCCUUGAUCUCGCUCAUCCAGACAAAUUAAACGUGAUAAUUACUAAUGAAUACUACGGAAAGGCUGACUACCGCGUUUUCACCGCACGCAUUCAACAGUCGCUUGCCAAAGUUGUGUAUAACCAUGAGGUCGUUUGGGAGUACGGUCGUGGCAAAAAGGCCACUUCUGUCAAUCUAAUCUCUAGAGGCGGUGUGCCUUAUCUUUCUGAGGUCGUCAUGGGCCCAACCUUCUCCCCCUCAUCUUCUUACCGUGAACGUGAAAAUGGCAAAUGGGUACGAGUAGAUAAGGCUCGCUAUGACAAGAAGGCCUACUCACUCUUCACGGAGGACCCAGGCGCAUUCACUCUCGAUACUGAGAAUGUAGACACUAACAAGGUCUCCCUCAUUGAGGCUGAUUAUCACAACUUGCAUAACAGGAUCGCACUGGCAAAAGUUGAUUUCCACAUGAACAGAAUCAUGUGCGGAAAGCAACUCAUCUGGGAGGCCAAGAAUGGCAUGCAUGCCACUUCUGUGAAUGUAUUGUACAGGGCUGGUGAAGCCAAGUUGUUCAAAAUCCUCAUUGGUCAAUCUGGCAACAACCUCGUCUUCAUAGAGAAUGAAAAUGGAAAGUUGACACAAAUCACCAAGGAGUAUUACCACAUAAAGUAUGACAGAUUCUUUGCUGAACAGGCCAAGUUUGGUGCAACAAUCGACCUUUCCAAGUCAAACAACCCCGACGUUGUUGUCUAUGGGCAGAAUACCAACGGACUAAGCUACAAGCACUUCGUCCCCAAGUAUGGCUUGAAGGCUGUUUACAUCGUUGAUGGAGGCGUCCCCGUAUGGAAAGCACAGAGUGGUUCCAAGAUUACCGGUGUCGUAAUCUACUCUGCUUAUGGAGAAGCCAUCUUCAGGUUGCAUGCUAUUGAUACCAAGAACAAGCUUAGCCAACAUUAUUUCGAAAAGGUGAAUGGUAUCUGGAAGCCAACAGACUUUAGCACCUUCUUCAAAAGGGUUGGUGAACUCACAGAAGGUGCUUCCAAGGUCAUCAAGGUCGAUGUUCUUUCCUCACAAAAGGGUUCAUUCACCAACACUGUCUACAACGACUAUGGUGUUGAGACCAGAUUGGUUUCACCUCUUGGUGGCUCCAAGAUUGCCGCCUUGUAUCACGGUAAGGAACGUGUUUGGGAAGGAAAGAGUGGUGAAUACUGCACUAGUGCCACCUUCUUCAAGAGAGGUAGCUUGUAUAUUUGCUCAGUUGAAGCCGCUGGUAAGGAACUAUUCUUUGAGCAUUUUGACGGACAUUGGGUCCAUAUAGACGCUGAUACCUUCCAGGAUCGCUAUGGCAAGAUUUUCAUCUCAGGAAAGCUUUCAGAUAAAUCCUCCGUCAUCAAGGUUGAUGCCUCGGCUCCUCAGGAUGGUUCCUUCAAUAACGUCGUCUACAACGACUAUGGUGUUGAGACCCGAUUGGUUUCACCUUUCGCCGGAUUCAAGAUUUCUGCCCUGUACUAUGGCAACAGUUUGGUCUGGGAAGGUGCCAAGGGCCAGUACUGCACUAUUGCCACCUUCUUCAAGAAGUAUGACAUGCACAUCUGCUCUGUCAUUAUAAAUGGCCAAAGAGAGGAGUUCUUUGAGAACAUUGGUGGUAUGUGGGUUGAUGUUGAUGAGAAGGUAUUCUCUGAUGCUUACUUGAAGAUCCUCAGUGGCAAAGAGGCUGAAGAGCGCAAGGAGAUUGACAUUUACACUCUUGACAUUGCAUCCCUUCCAGAGGAGACUGAGAUCGUCAAGCCUCGUGAGAACAGCCCAUACACUUUCUCAAUUGUUGCUCAUGGUACCCCAAUCACCAAGGUUGUCGACGGAGAUUCUACCAUAUGGACCGGUUCCGAUGAGGAAUUGUGCAUCUCAUCUUCCUUCUUGUCUGACGGAAAGAAGAACUUGUUGGCUCAGAUUGUUGUCGAGGGACAUAAUGAGGAGACUGAGCUUCUCUACUUUCAGAAGAGAACUUUUGGAUGGUACCAAAUUACCGAAAACUUGUACGACUUUUUGAUAGAGGGACUCAAGGUUAACGAAGACGGUUUCUUGACCGCUUCCUUCUAUGCCAUUCCACUAUUGUUUGCCGUGGUUUCUGGCAUCUUUGCACUAUAAUCA